AGAGUUUCCCACACAGCUUGCUAUCUAAGAGUGCAAUGGAAUUCAAAAUGACCAGACAUUUGGAUGUGGUGAAGAUCAUACAAAACUGUGUAGCUGAACUGCUAUACGUGAAGCUGAAACUGAAAUGAGGAAGGUAAGUUGGGGAACUACAGAAACAGAGCCAUAAAGCAGAAGCAAACAUUAAAUGUCAUGCAUAUAGCAUCAACCGACCCACAUGACAGGAAGUAAGUGCUGUCUGCAUUUUGGCCACAUAUCUUGGAUGCAACUGGCAAGAUGUGGUUAUUCACCAGAAAGAAUCGGCUGAAGUUUUCAUCUGGUGUUUAAGGAAGGAGGCAUGGCAUUUAUGACCUACACACGAGGAAAGAGCCAUAUCGCCACCUCCCAUCCUUUUAAUGGCUUGGAUCCUAAAGGGUUCUUACUAAUAAUUCUGGGGCUUGCAGUGUUCAUGUCAUCUUGCCUUGCAGCAGUCUCUUUCUACUAUGUUACAGCAUUAAAAUCAGAACUAGCAUUGCUGAGCAGCAAGCUGAACUGCAGGGUCCAGACAAGGACAUCAUUUCCACAGCUCUUGAGGUCUUUGGAAAAGAGCAAAGAGGCCAAUUCCUUCAUUCCCUACUUGAAUGUAUUAGAAGGUGCUUCUAGUCAGGUGAGCUGCAGAACCAUUUGGAAGGAAAUGUAUACUUCUUUGGGUGUUCUGCAAUUUCCAUUCGCUUUGGGGAAGGACAGGAGUCACAGCCCUAAUAUUGACUUUCUGCGUAUGUUGUUGGCAGCAAAUUUCUUCUGGACCACAUCAAAGUAGUGAAGAGAUAAUGUGGAGUGGAGAAAAACACAGGGGGAAAAGGUCUCCUCUGCAUGCAGGAGAAGCAGGUAAGUGAAAAGAGCUUAGUAAAUAAGACAGGUCCCCAAUGAGUAAAUGGGCUAACAAAUAUGAAAGCCAGAGAUGGCAGGUAAGCCUUUUUGCUGGGAUUGUGGCAUACAGCCAAAAUUAUGGUAAUUAGGCAUUUCUUUUGAAAAUAGUACAGACGGAAGUACCUAGGUCUCAGAAAAAACUAUUUAUGUGUUUUUAUACUACAGCAGCUAGGAUUUUGUUAGCCCAGAAAUGGCGGGUGAGUGAUGUCCUAAAUACGGAGGAUUAGCAAUUAAAAAUGACAGAAUAUGCAGUUAGCAGGUUUAACGAAUAAAGUAAGAGAACAAGAAGAUCAAGUAUAUAAAGAAGAAUGGAAAAUUGUUGUGGAGUGGAAAACAACUAUAACCAUGUGAAAACAUUAGUAGGAGUAAGGUAAAUUCAACAGUCUAACACAUAACAAAGGAAUAAUAAAGGAUAAAGGGAAUUAAAUGAAAAUACAAGAAUAGGUGGGAGAAUUAAAGGAACCAGGGAGGGGGAAGAAGGGAAGUCGUAAAUGAUUGGUUUAUUUUAAAGAAAGAUAUGAAUGGGGAAAUGUUUAUUUUAAUGUGAAUGUGGUUUUGGAAAAUGUAACAUUGAUACACACAGUGCUUUUUUCUGGGGGGGGGGUGCAGUGGUACGCAUACCCCUAAACAUUUUGUGAAUCUUGAAUUUGGCCUCAUUGAGGGGCAGUAUUUCAAUAUGAGCAGGAAAAUGAGAGUACCCCUAAACAUUUUAAAGGGAAAAAAACAGUAUGUGUGUGCAUGCCUGUGUGUGUGUGCGCGCACACACACACACACACACACACACACACACGGGUGAGAAAUCUCAGACCUGGGGACCAAACGGCCCAAUCCAUUCCUUAGGACUCUCUCCAGGUCAUGAUUUUCACCAGCCCUGCUCUCCCAGCUCCCUGAGAGCUUUUGCCUAGCUGCAAUGAGUCCUAGAAUUGUGCUUGCUUGCUCCACACCCUUCUACCUCUGGCCCUGCCCACUGCUAGCAUGUGGCCUCCAGUGCCGGAGGAAGGGGGCGGGGGCGGGCCACCCCGGGUGUCACCACUGAGGGGGGUGACAAAAUGUCGGGUGGCACUCACCGCGGGGCCAGCAGCGCGCCUGAGCCACGCAUCUCCCCAGACGAUCCACCCGCCCCCUCUCCCUCAGCUGUUGGGCGACUGAGUGGGAGGAGGCAGGCAGACUCCUUGGAGGCCCCGUGGAGCGUCCUGCCCCAGCUAGCCCCGCCCCCACGGGCAGCUGGCCCCGCCCCACAGGCCCCGCCCCCAGGUGCAGGACAUGCGCGCCACCCCAGGCGCCCAAUCAGCUUGCUCCGCUGGUGGUCUCCUUCAAGUUUCCCACUUAGGUUGAAAAAUGUUCCUCACACCUGGUCUGAUCUACUGUUUUCACACAUGGGGAACACUUCACACCUAGUAGGUUCACUAGUGUUAUUUUAUCUAUAGAAGGUGAACAAACUAACUACGCAGAUUCAUUGAAGCCACAUUGCUAAAAUUUGUAAACAGUAAGGGACCUUUUGCUGGUUUUCUCUCUUACAAUAUAUUUGUAGUCUUUUACUAUUAGCCUGCAACACGAUUUGGUGGAAAGACACAAUACAGAAUUAGCAGAUAAAUAAGCACAGUGGUACCUCGGGUUACAUACACUUCAGGUUACAGACUCCGCUAACCCAGAAAUAUUACCUUGGGUUAAGAACUUUGCUUCAGGAUGAGAACAGAAAUCAUGCAGCAGGAGCCCCCGUUAGCUAAAGUGGUGUUUCAGGUUAAGAACAGUUUCAGGUUAAGAACGGACAUCCGGAACGAAUUAAGUACUUAACCUGAGGUACCACUGUAAUGGUUAAUCUGUUCAAAAAAUUAGAAUAUUGAAUCUGUAUAGAUCAAUAUUUUCAGAAGCUGGUGGUAUGUCACCAUAAAAAUCUGUACUAUUUUGGAAAAGUAGAUUCAUUAUGUUUUGUGUUGGUUAAAUCCCAUUUUUGCUCAACUUAACAUCUCUACCAUAGCUGCCUUUCACUUUCUAUAUCUGUUGUAUUUAAAGGGGCAAAUUUUGAAGCUCGGAGCUUUUGGUUUGGUAUGGUCUUUCUAAAACAAUAAUUCCUCAAAAGGUAGUCAAUAAAGUACUCAUUUCAAUGUUUGCUUUACUUCAUUCUGCGAACUGAAUUAAUUUAUGUUCAGAAUUGCAAAUACCUGAACUUAAUGCCAUGAAAAUAAAUCUGAUGACAGAAAAACAUUCUCCAUUAACGUUUAAUUUUUACAGUGGUACCUCGGGUUAAGAACUUAAUUCGUUCCAGAGGUCCAUUCUUAACCUGAAACUGUUCUUAACCUGAAGCACCACUUUAGCUAAUGGGGCCUCCUGCUGCCGCCACCCCAUUGGCGCACGAUUUCUGUUCUCAUCCUGAGGUGAAGUUCUUAACCCGAGGUACUAGUUCUGGGUUAGCGGAGUUUGUAACCUGAAGUACCACUGUAAUUUGUUUGAGCUCUGUACUACACUCAGCUGCAUGAGGGUAAUCUUCCAUUUUAGACUAUUCAUACGAACUAUAAGCAGUUCUGCAGGCCUACAAAGGCAUCCCAGAACAAUUACAAUAUUAAAUCUAAAAACAUACAUGAAAACCCAAAUAAAUAAAAUUUCAUUUUUGUAAUGAACAAGUUAUCAGAGUAACUUGUUUUUUACCACACUGAAUAAUUUGGUGUCAUCUUGACCUCCUAAAUUCAUCCCUAAAUUGAGUCCAUUGAUGAACAAGUUUCCUGCUUCUUUGCCAGACCAUUUUCCCUUGCAUGACUUGUUCUGUUCUGAAUGUUGGCCUGUGGGCAUGGACUGCCUUGUUUUAAUUGUGUGUAUGUAGCCUGCUCUGGGAGCCUUUGGGGCUGAAGAGGGGGUACAAAUAGCAAAAAUAAAUAUUAGAAAACACUAUUUUACAAAAUACAGCAAUAACUUAAGUUGGGUAUGGGAAACUGGAUCUGGCAAUUUGGUAGGAUCUUUAUCCUCAGCCCUUCUGUGCCACGUUUUGGCAGGUAGGUGAGGCCACUUGUCACAUGUCGGUCACCUGGCAUCACAAUGACAUGAAGCCUUGACAAUCCAUGGGCUGCAGGUCCCCCAACACUAGUUAGGAGGAGUAAUUUGUGUUUGCAGGGGGCAGAGGGAACGGCAGGCGGCGGCGGAGCAAGCCAAUCGGGUGUCUGGGGCGGCGUGCGUGCCCUGUGCCCAGGGGUGGGGCCAGCCACCUGCAGAGCAGGGCCAGCCGGGGCAGGGUACUCCACGGGGCCUCCGGAGUCUGCCUGCCUCUUCCCGCUCCUCCCGCUUCUCCCGCUGCCCUACAGCUGAGGGGGAGGUGGUGGCGGGCGGACCAUUUGGGGCAGCGUGGAGCCUGCGGGCGCCCAAGCUACCACGUCACUCCCAGGAGAGACGCGUGGCUCAGACACGCUGCAGGCCCCGCAGUGAGUGCCGCCCAGCAUUUUGUCACCCCCCUCAGUGGUGACACCUGGGGCGGCCUGCCCCCACCGCACCCCUCUUCCUCUGCCCCUGACGGCACACACACACAGAGAACCUACCAUCAAUAUUGUUCUGCUUCUGCGGCCACUGCAGGGGAAUUGUACUUUUGUGUCUUGGCUGCUGGGAUGUAUAUUUUAGUUUCUUCCUUCUGUUUCCCCCUUCAGUUCUACAGUCAUGUCUUCAGUUGAUGGCUGACAGCAAGCGUGACAUUCAGCAACAUGGUAAAGCAGCAUUUUUUAAAUCUCAUUUUACUCUUGCCACAAAUAAAUGGGCAGCACCACCUAUGAUUCCAUUUCACUUGCUACAGGGCAAGAAACAUCAAAUUGUGCUCAGCUUUUCAUUUCCAUUAGUAACAUCCCUUCACAUUUCCAAUGGGAAUUUGCCAGCGCAGCCUUAUGCUGAAAUGGUGACCCUGUCUUCAAAUCCUGUGAGCUGCUGCUUCAUUGGAGCACAUGCUCAGGUGAGCACUGUAUCUGAGUUCUGUCCCGUUGCUGCACUUGUUUUAGUGCGGGGGUUGCUACCCUGUGGGCUGCAGACCGCAUCCCAAGAGGCCUGGCUUCGUUCCUUCUGUUCCCCUCUGUGAUUUCAAAAGAUUUUUGUCCUUCCAAAUUUGUCAAUUUCUUUUUCUAAAGAUGUUAAAUACAUGCCCUCUGUUGUGUUUCUGUGAUGCCAAGAGGUGACCCUCCUCAAGACCCCUCAAAUUGUUCUUUUUUCUUUUUCUUUUUGGAAAAAAUGGCCACGCCUACUUAGAUAAUUGACCCUUGGGUCAGUCUGGUUGUCAGCCUGGAGAAAGGUUAGCCAUACCAGCUCAAGUGGUGCAUAUAUUGAAAUUUUCUGUGCAUACUAGGGCAAUCCACAUUUUCUAUUUUUGCUGCACUGCUGCAACUUUCCAGAAAUUUUUGAAAACAUGAAUAAUCUGUGAUGGGGAGAGGGUGCCUUAUUCCUGGUAACUCAAGAGAAAACAAGCAGGUAUAAAGUAGUUUUUACCACAGCUCUUUGAAUCUCAUCUUACAGGUAGAAACGACCGAUUUCAAAAAAUCCAACUGAUUCUCUUCAAAAGUCAGCAACAUGCCUUUGAUACUAAAAGGAACCAUAAACUGAUUAGCUUAUUCUUACAUAUAUAUUUUUUGUUUCUUUUAGAUGGUUCAAGUAUAGUUCCAUGGCUUCUUAGCUUUAAAAGAGGAACUGCUCUUGAAGAGCAAGGAAAUAAAAUACUUGUCAGAGAAACUGGCUACUUUUUCAUAUAUGGUCAGGUAAAGAAUUCAGUAAGCUCCUGGAGUUUGUUCUGUUUUCUUAAAGUUUCAUAGUGUAAUCAGUUUUGUCUGUCUUUAUUCUUCAGGUUUUGUAUACAGAUGAAAUGUUUGCAAUGGGACACUGGAUCCAGAGGAAAAAAGCUCAUGUAGUUGGUGAUGAUCUCAGUUUGGUUACAUUAUUUCGUUGCAUCCAAAACAUGCCUCUCACGAAUCCAAACAACUCUUGUUAUACUGCUGGUAAAUACGUUACCUGUCCUAAAUACCUUUUGUCAAGUCCCACACACCUGGAAUGAGAAGGAGCUUAAAAAAAUAUCUGACACGGUGUUUCUAAGUGGUGUGGGUGUGUACCACAUAUUUCUGCAACCACUCACUGAACUCAUUAAGUUUCAUACAUAAAUUCCUAAAUUCCUUAUCUUUACCUACUCUGUGGUGGUUGCCUGUGAACAGUAUUCAAAGACAAUAAUAGAUUCUCCUCAGUAGAGUUGUGGCUGUUACCGGUAUUUCAAGCUACUUUCAGCAGAAUGUGCUCAGCAAUUUUGAAGCCUGAGUGCAAAUGCUUACCUGGGUGACAAACAGUCUCUGUGUGGUGGAGAAACAAUUCACAUGACUUCCUGCCCUUGAAAAGUGUGUGUUGGAGAACUUGCAUGAUUAACUGUCUAUAAGCAAUGCUCACAUCAUGCUUAAGAUCUGUUGUGGGUAGUUUAGGGCUUCCGUUUCCUGUUCCAUGACCUGAAAGCUGUGGCCACCAACUUGGGCCUCAGUUUUAGAAGUCAAUCUUUAUUUUUUUAUAUUUUAUUACAUUUAUAUAUUGCACUUUCUCCAAGGAUCUCAGGCAGUGUAUAUAAUUGUCCAUCCCUUUAUCCUCUCAAAAAUCCUAUGGAGUUAGGAAGAGAGUCACCCACCCAGACUGAUACCAUAUGUGUCACAAAGGUGUUGCUUCCCAACACUUGCUGGAGACCCACACAGUCUCUUUCCAGGUAUUAUGCUGUACUUGGGAAAAUAAAAUGUUUGAUUUGUUGCAUUAUAAGUUUUAUUUUACAUCCUGGGACCUUAUUAUUAGCAACACAACAAUAACAACAUUAAAUCAAAGAGGUGUCUCUGGACUGACUGAUAACAAUCUGUACAUGUUUAUAUGUUUACAUUUCUGUAAGGAUAUUCAAACUCUCUUGGCAGGUAUUGCAAAAUUAGAAGAAGGGGAUGAGCUUCAGCUCACCGUUCCACGCAUAGGAGCCAAGAUAGUCUUGAAUGGAGAUGCCACUUUUUUUGGUGCAGUCAGACUUCUGUGAAGCUCUUCAUUGUUCAUUGUACAAAGGGUUGGAUCUGUUGCUUGUUUCAUUUUUAGUUAGUUGGUUUAUGGAGUGCUGUUUUCUGUUUUAUUGAAAACAGGAAGCUGAUUGGAUGUGGUACACCCACCUCAUGUGGGUUACCAGAAAUGAAACUUGUAAGAAGAAUACAAAUAUAGCAUUUGUUACAUAAGAGCCUAAAUAGAGCAGUCUUGAAUCAGACCAACAACUGAUCUGUGUUUGAUUAGUUUAGUGUUCUACUCCCUUCAGUGGCCACCUGGAAAUGCAACAGUCCUCUCUACUGUUUGUCUCCCCCAACAGCUAGUAUGGCAGGACUUACAAUUUUCAACAUCAAUUUUCUUUUGAGGAAGGAGGGGAGAUGCAUUACUAUUUCAGCAGAACGUGCCCUGUAGAAUGACCACCCAUUAGAUGCCAAGGAAAUAAACAACUAUUUGACUUUUAGAAGACAUCUGAAGGCAGCCGUGUACAGUGGUACCUCAGGUUAAGAACUUAAUUUGUUCCGGAGGUCCAUUCUUAACCUGAAACUGUUCUUAACCUGAGGUACCACUUUAGCUAAUGGGGCCUCACGCUGCCGCUGCACAAUUUCUCUUCUCAUCCUGGGGCAAAGUUCUUAACUGAGGUACUAUUUCUGGGUUAGCGGAGUCUGUAACCCGAGGUACCACUGUAUAGGGAAGUUUUUUAAAUAUUUGAUGUUUUACUAUGCUUUUAAUAUUUUGUUUGGAGCUGCCCAGAGUGGCUGGGGCAACCCAGUCAGGUGGAAUAUAAAUAAUAAAAUUAUUAUUAUUAUUAUA